AACAGAUUAACAAAUAAGAUUUCAGAAGAGCUUAUAAAUGAACAAGAGACCGACACUUAUUUUUCAUCUAUGUCAAACCUGAGAACGGCGAAUAAAUCAUUUUAGCAUCGGUUUAUCGUAUAUAUUAAAGUUGUAGAAAAUGGAGCUUAAAUUGGACGGAACACAGAUUUUACUUUUGAUUUCAGUGAGUUUGUCUUUGGUAAUUUGUUUCAAAAUUAAAAUCGAUCGGUACAAAAUUGAGCGACCAAAUCCAGGGAUAAAAGCCUGUGCGGUUAUUCACAGUGGGAAGAGUGAUGUUAUUGGACUGAGUGUUUCUAAGGACACGGGAAAAUGUGUCGGAAUAUCUCGGCUUUCUGCCGAACCUCAUUCCCCAUCCAUAGAUGACGGAUAUGCUGAAAAAGUACAUAUUGAGUCAAUCUUUAAGCCAGCGUAUGUUAUUCCAGACGAAUCGUAUGUGGAAUGGGUGGUACCGGGAUUUCUUGGAAAUAGAUCCCAACUUGAUGUCAUUUUCUCGUUGAGACCAUCGAUAUAUGAAAAGUAA